AAUUCAUAACAUUCGUAAACAUUUUGAUGAUUUAAUAGGGUUCAAUCACAUGAAUAAUAUGACAUAGUUUAUGUUGCCAUUCCCUACUUUUUGAACAUUUUGAUUGUGUACCUCCAAUAGAAUGUUGGCUAGCCUAUGAUACUAUGUACAGGUUCUCUAAUAAGAAAAUAUAGUCAUGUAACUCAUACUUCAGAAUUGCAAUGCAAUGUUUCCAUAGAUCCUGUAACAGGAGAAAGCUGAGCAAGUUUGAGAAACAAAAAAAGACACACAUGUAGGGAACUGGGGGAGCAGAGGGAAGAAAAGCACGAGAUAAGCUUGGAGCUGAUGGAGCUGGAUCAUGCAGGGCAUCCUUUUGCCAUAUUAAGAAAUUUUGAUUCUAAGAGCAGUAGGAACCCAUUGCAGGGGUGUAAAUGGUAGUAAUUUGAUCAGUUGUAUGUACUUAAAAAGAUCGUUGUGGCUGCUGAGUGGAGAAUGAAUUCGACUGACCAAGAGUGUCUGUAGGAGACCGAUUAGGAAGGAGCAGUGUAGCAGACUAGGGGAGAGAUGUUGAUCUAGAGUGAAAAUGCAGUGGGGAGGGAAGUGGAACAUUUUGAGAUGUGUUUUACAGGUUGGCUUGCUGACAGCGUGGAAGUGAAAGUGUAGGAAUGGAAGGGGAAAGUGUCAGCGAUGCCUGAGGUUUCUGGCUGUUGUAACUGGGCAGAUGAUGGCGCUAUUUUCCAUGGGGGAGAAGUCUGGGAAAAUGAGGUGGAAGCUACCUCCCAGGCCAUCAAGGAAGACAAGUUAAAAGUGCUGUGCGAUACAUAUUAUAAGAAAUAUGAGCAGGAUAUUAUGGGCAGCCGGAGGAGGAGUACUUAACUCAACCUGGAGAUCAAAGGAAAAGCAUUGUGCCAAAUAUGACCCUUGAGCUGUAUCUUGAAAUGAAUGUACCAUAUUUAUGUUUACACUGUUUUUAAAAAUGUAACAUAAUUGUUCAUUAAAAAAUCCAUACAUUUGGAUAUGCUGGUCCCUAUUCUGAUUGAGUCAGUAAUUUAUAUGCUAGGGAUGAUAAAGAGCUAUCUGUUCAGCUAUCUCUCAACUUGAAAAACUGUGUUAGGUCUUAUAUUUGGAAUUGUCUAAUUCAUUCAUUCAUUCAGAAGGUAUUGUUUUUUUGUUUUUUGUUUUGUGCGGUACGCGGGCCUCUCACUGCUGUGGCCUCUCCCGUUGCGGAGCACAGGCUCCGGACGCGCAGGCCCAGCGGCCAUGGCUCACGGGCCCAGCCGCUCCGCGGCAUGUGGGAUCUUCCCAGACUGGGGCACGAACCUGUGUCCCCUGCAUCGGCAGGUGGACUCUAAAGCACUGCGCCACCAGGCGGAUUCUUAACCACUGUGCCACCAGGGAAGUCCGGAGCUGGAGAUUUUGUGAAACCUCCUGCCAGAUCAGCAAGCUGCCAGCUCUGAAUCACACCAACUCUGCUAGAGUCUUAACCAGCAAAGUCACUGCCUCAUGCUCUGCCUCCCUUCAUAUUUAACUCACACUAGUAAGUACAUCUGAUUGGCAGAACUUAAAUUACAUCCAGAACCCUAGCUUCAAGGAAGUCUAGGAAAUAGAGCUUUUAGUACUUGUGGUACGGGAAGUACAGGAAGGUUCACUAAAAGGAAGUUGGAAUAAGUUUUGCAUGAGCAAAUCUGCAGUAUCUGUUACAGAACGCCCCUUUGGCUACUUGACAUCCAUACCUUCCCUUCUUUCCAUACCUAAACCUCCAGACGAUGAUAGCAAGAAAUGUGCUCUCUUACAAUAUAAUGCAGCCAUUGCUGAUAAAAAAAAAAAAGCAAAGUGCACUCACCUUCUCCCAAGAAACUAAAACCCAAAGUCCUGUAGGUCACCACAUCAUCUGCAGUAUUCAUCACAGACAUUACCCCGGGACCUAGCGCCCUCAGGAGUUAGGUGGCCUCUCUCCUCUCCCAGGGAAAGGGGGGGUAGGAGAGAGAGCGGCCCAAUGACCAAGAGGAGAACAGCUCAGCUCUAAGAAGCUCCCAUCCAUACUUUCCACCCUUUCUCUCUACUAGCCAGUUCCCUCCGUUUCCAAACAUUCUGAGUUUCUCCUCUCUUCAUGGAAUCCUCUCCCCACCCUGUGUUGUUUGUAGCUGUUGGCUUCUUUCCUUCUUAGCUAAGCUUUCCCCUCCCCCGCCCCCUCAUCCUCUAGACUCUUGAGCAUACUGGUGACUCCCACCAUCCCCUGUAACUGCUCCAGUGAACCUCAAGGGGCUCAAUGCCUUGGACGCUGACCACUGCUCGAGUUACUCACAGAUUUGAGCUAGUCUCAAGCUUUUAUCUCCCAUCAAGAUGCUCUCCUCAGCCUCGGACCUACAUGUCCACAGUGUGGAUACGAGUCAAAGACAUCACAAGUCAGAUUCCAAGAAAUCUGAAGAAAUCUCCCUGAGGGAUGCUGCUGCUCAGAGCAACACAGCAGAGAUGCCAACAGGGGACCAGGAGGGGGCCAAGGGAGUGGAGGAGAUGCCAGAAGAGGAAGCAGAAGAAGAGGUGUUCCUCAAAUUUGUGAUACUGCAUGCUGAAGAAGACACAGACGAAGCCCUCCGAGUCCAGAAUCUGCUGGAAAAUGACUUCGGCAUCAAACCUGGAAUAAUCUUUGCUGAGAUGCCAUGUGGCAGGCAGCAUUUACAGAAUUUGGAUGAUGCUGUCAAUGGGUCUGCCUGGACAAUCUUAUUAUUGACCAAAAACUUUUUAAGAGAUACCUGGUGUAAGUUCCAGUUCUAUACGUCCCUCAUGAACUCUGUUAACAGGCGGCACAAGUACAACUCCGUCAUCCCCAUGCGGCCCCUGAACAACCCCCUGCCCCGAGAAAGGACUCCCUUUGCUCUGCGAACCAUCAACGCCCUGGAGGAAGAAAGUCGUGGCUUUCCUACACAAGUGGAAAGGAUUUUUCAGGAUUCUGUAUAUAGGAUACAGCAAGCUAUAUGGAAAGAGACCAGACAUACGGUACAAAGGCAAUUUAUUGCCUGAGAUGGAACACACAACACACAGCAGGCUCUUGUUUUGUAAAACAAAUGAUUUAUCUCCACUUGAGAAAGCACAUUUCUGGGAAUAGUUUAGAUGAAAGAGAACCUCACUCUUACAGAAACUUACGGAGUCCAAGAAAGAUAAAAUUUCUGCAGGACCAUCUAUAGAAUUGUGAUACUUUUUGGUGUUUCCAUAAACUUGAAAUUGUCAGUUUCAAGAACUCUGUUUCCUCUCACAGUUUUCCUAGUUCAUGAUUACAACAAAGGAUAUUUUAAAUUCAUAUUCCUCGUAUUGAACUUGAUCAAAACCUUAUAUGAUAGACAUUUAAAAAAUACAGUAACACUUUGAUUUGUUCUCAAAGGAACCGGGGAAAAAAAUGGCCUCGAGAGAUCCAACCGCCCUCACUUUCGAGGCACCUCUCAUGAAUGUUGCAAUAAAGCGUUCCCGGUGUUGUCACCCAGAAAUAGGGAUAACCAGACUAGAACAUUUAGAAUGUUGAGUGCUGAUAAAUAUGAAACCCAAAAUAGAUGCGAGAAUGGUAGGGCUCUUUAAAAGAAUCCAAUCAAAUGUGUUUCCUUUCUGCUGGAAUUUGCAUAUUUGGAGGCAGUUCCCACCACUGAUUAGUGGCCCAUUUGAUGGUAUUGUGGUCAGGGACUUCCUGUCAUGCCUGGUGUUGACAUGACCCCUGGAGCUGGAAGCUCUCCAUUGUUGGUCAUUGUGUGUGACCAGGAGCUUCUGAAAGGUGUAUGUAUCCUUGGCCAGAUGUUCUCCUUUAAAAUCAAUAACCUCUCCUAUGGCAGCUGUUAAAAAUUCCUCUGUCACACAGCGCCCUAUCAAGGAAAUAUUUCUCAGCUAGGUGAUCACAGAGCCUGACUCUGUGUGUGUGUGUGUGUGUGUGUGUGUGUGUGUGUGUGUGUGUGUGUGUGUGGUAGAUCACUUUCAGACUUGGGAUAGAAGUGGGAGAUGCGUUUUCUGGCGUCCUCUUCUAGUGCCCCACACUCAUAGCAAACCAGAGGCCCCAAGAGGACCCGGUCCUGUCUUUCACAGCCCUUCUGCCCCAGCUGAGAUUGAGGGAGAACCAUCAGGUACAGACCAGGGACAAGGCGGAGUGUGAAUCAGGUCAUGUUGUAAUGAGAAAAGCACCAGAUGGGGAUCAGGAGACCUGGUUGUUCUAGUCCAGUCUCUUUCACUGAGGAUGAAUGGGACCCUGGGCAAGCUAUUUACUCUCCUUUAUCUGUGAAAAGAAAGGAUUGGAUUGAUGAAUCUGUAAAGGCCUUUGUCCUCUCCCAGAAUGUGAAUAACUAGGAACCAGAAAAGGGAACAAGCAAAAAAAAAAAAGGUAGAAUUUU